CAUGGCGCGGUGCACAAGCAUGAAGCAUGCGCAGCACGAAGGUACGGUGGUACCUCCUCCUGCUCUCGGGGACCGCCCGUGCGGUGCUCUGUCACCUCACCGGACGCUCGUGGGUGCGGGGUGUCAUCGUGUCGUUGCACUGCCUGGAGGUCAGGGCGACGAGCUCCCCGAAGCUGUCGUCGUCCAGGAUGCGGGUGCCGCCAUGGCCGCCAGCUCGGGGACCUCGCACAGCUCGCCGCGGAGGUGUUCGACGACCUGCAUGACCAGGCCACACGGGCGUGCGGCCUCACGCUGGGGGCGCGGCGGCUCCAGGCGGAGCUGCCGCUCAUCGAGGAGCGGCUCCGCCGUCGUCGAUUCCGACAGGCUUGUGUACUUCAUCGGCCAGAAGCUCUGUGUGGCAUCGCAGGCCACGGUGUCGAUCAGCCGGUGACUCUGGUGGGAGGAACAAGGCCGUGCUCCAUCGAAAAGUUCAUCCAGCGAUGCCACGGGCCUCCGCAGCUGUCCAUGCUGGACAAGUAUGAUGCUGGUGGCGAGGGAGCGUGCUUGAAGAGAUACACCGACCCCUCCUUCAGAGCCCACUCUGCACAGCAUCAGCGUAUCUUGCAUGAAACCAAACCAGACAUUCAGAGUUCAGACAUCCAUUCCAAACCUCCUGCCGAGGAAGCCCGCCAUAAAAAAUACUCCAAGUAACGCUUCUUA